UUCAUUUGUUUUAUAAUUAGCGAAAUCAAGGAAAAAGUUUGGAAAUUUCUCCUAGUGUGGAAGAAAGGCCUUGGAAUUCUCCACAACCUGCUUUGUCACCAAUUCAAGUUUCAAUUCCAUCUAGCACUCCUGAUUUAAUUGGGCAACCUCUUGGGUACCCACCGAAGUCCCAUAGUCGGAGUAUAACAGAUAUACCUAAUGCAGCCAUGAGCCCAGGUGGUCACCAUCAUCCUUAUCAUUUUCCGCAUCCUUAUCCAUACAUGCAUCCACCUGUUCAUCCUCCUUACUCUCAAUCGAUGGCUCAUUUGAAUUGUUCUCAAUGCAUGUCCGCUUCAUGGACAAAUCUCAUGAGCCCUCACCCAUCUCCUUAUUUCCAUCCCAUGCCAUGGGGACCUCCUCAUGCUGGCAUGCCUCAAAAUGGAGCUUCACAUUCUUCUCAUGGGACUUUAAAACAUAAUCAUGGUGAUUUAGGAACAUAUCCUGAUCCUAGUUUUCCUUAUCCCUAUCCUGGAGGAGUAUUUUAUCCAAAUGGUUUUCCAACUACUGAUCCUAAUAAUACCAAAGAUCUACCUCAACAGGCCUCUGGUUCAGCUAAAGUAAGGAGGAGUUCAUCAACUUCUAGAAGUCCAAGGCAAGCACAGAGUACUGAAGAUCUACCAUUGCUUAAUAAUCCAACCCCAGAAAGCAGCACAAAUGAAACGAAUGGAAUAACUAGAAAAAGUCCUAUUGAUAUUGCAAAACUAGCUGAUGUUGAUGAGGAAAGUAAACCACCAGUUCCACCAUCAGAGCCCUGGGGUUGUUUACAUUGCACUUUUAUAAAUCCACCAGGAAUAUACAUUUGUCAAGUAUGCUGUAAAACGAGCUACGGAAAUAAACCCCCAGGGGAUGAAGAAGACAUGAUCGAUUCACCGGCUAUAGACAGAAAUAGUGAAUCACCAAUGGAACUUGUAAAUAUGGAUGCAGAAAUAUCCUCAAAAUUUUCUAAACUAAGUGCUCAAAAGAAUGAUGAUGAUAUAUGCCAAGACAGUCUUGAAACUAGCCUAGAGAAUGAAGAGGCAUUCAAGCAAUCCGCAGAAACACCAGUGACACCUGAUCCUGCUUUGAUGCUCACAACUGAAACACAAACUUCCACCACAACGAAAUCAACAGAUGUUCAGACUCAAAAUCUCAUCUGCAAGUCAAUGGCGUCAUCAACAGAUUCCAUUUUUCCAAGGCACGAAAUGUCUGUUCAGACGGAAGUGGAAGAAAUACCCAAACACUGUUCUGUGGCAACAGACCCUAUGAUAAGCUCUCAUUCUAUUGAAUCUCUCAUGUCUGGAAUGUCUGCACCACCUUAUCACAAUAGACGAGCUGGUGGCUGGGGCCGAGGAACUAGCUUUAGUACUCAGUCUUUGUACGAGCGUGGCCGCAGUCGUAGCCCCUUGCCACGAUCUGCCUCAUUAUAUAAUGAAUCCCAAUCUCUUGGCAGAGAUUCUAGUUUACCACCUGAAGAUGUGAUGCAUGGGUUUUCUCAUCCUUGGUUAAUGACGGAUCCCAUGUAUUACAAACCUCACAAUAUGCCUGAAUAUGGAGCAACUCUGACUAAAGAAGAUUACUUUGAUGGAAUGUGGGGAUCAAUGGAUAAGUUAGAUAGAAGAAUGAAAAACAAAAAGGGUAAGAAACUAGAAGUCCAUCCAAAACAAAAGUUUCAUAGAAGUCUUGAUGAUUUAAAAAGUGAUAAAGUUCCAGAUGUUAUUCACACUCAAGAGUUACAAUUUUUACACACUGUAAAGGAAGCUGAGAGAUGUGGAUUCAGUCUGGAAGACUUGCAUGUUGCCUAUUUGCAUUGUGGGAGAGAAAAUCCAGUUAUUUGGCUUGAAGACAAUUGGUCUUCCAUGAUAAAAAAUGUUAUUGCUUUGGCUGCAAAGUAUGGGGAAGAUAAUGAGGAAAAUGAUGUUGGUACAUUAUCAAAGUCCGAAGCUAAGGAGGCACUUCAUAUUCAUCGUGGUGACAUAUGGGAUGCUGUCACUGAAUGCAUCGAAAAUCGUCAAAGAAAGAUUUUAGAGCUUACUGUGAGGGGUAACUUUACACAAAAACAAAUUUCUGAUGCCCUAGCACAUAAUGAAGGUAAUGUAGAGCUUGCCUAUGCCGAUUUAUUCCGAGCCUCAAAUAAGAGACAUAAAUUUAUCUUAAGUCCAGGUUUGAGUGAAGAUAGUGAAGAUUUAAAUUUAUCUCUCCAAAUCGAGGAGGCUGGAGACGCUUCAGCAGCUUCAAAGCGAGGAAGGUUAAAUGCAUCUCCUGAUCCAAGAACUGAAAAGAAAAAAUCUGAUUUCCUCACAAAGCUAUCUGCAAUAAGACAGGCUCAAAGUGAACGAAGGAAAGCAAGGGAAGAGAAAGAAUUAGUUCGUGAAACUGGAGGGCCUGAAUUACAGACUGAAAUUCCUUUAUCUCCAUUAGAACCACCGAGCCUCAGCAGAGCUGAGAGUUUGCAAUCACCUGAAACAGGUGAAAUUUUGGAAAAACCUCAACCUGUAGACACCGUUCUUCUAAAUGCUGACUAUGAUCAUGAAUCAGUACUUGAAGAAAAGGAAAAAGAUGAAACGAUUCCUGACCCUAAAAUUGAUAAGGAUGUUGUAAAAGGUGAAAAUGAUGAUUUGCCAGUAGAUUAUGAUAUUAACUGGGAAGAUUCCCAAGGAGAAUGGAUUGAAGAGUAUUCAGAUGAACAAUGGGAAGAUGAAGGUGAGGGACAGUGGGUUUCACUUCAAAAGAAAUUUCACAAUAUGGAGAAAGAAUUAGCAGAGGAAGCAAUGCAGAUGGCUUCUUUAUGGGAAAAAGAGGAAUUGGAAGAUGAUGUGUUUGAAGAGGAUGAGCCUCCAAGUGUAAUUGAAGUUCAUGUAAGUGAAGUAGAUCGCCUUAAAUUGGAACAAGAUGAAAAGUUUGAGCAGUGGGUAAAAGUCAAUCUAGAAAAAAAUUUGUCAGAAGCAGAAGAAGAAGCGGCAAAUGAACAGAACCUUGCUGUAGAAAUGAAUCCAGAAGCUAUGUCAAAAAGUGUUGAGCUUGAUGAUACUGCAAUGAGGGAUUCACCUCUGCAACAUUAUCCUACUGAGUUUGAUCUGUCAAGCAAAUCCUUUGCUGAACCAGAUUGGAUCGAAGUUGAAAAAAAUGCCCUCGAUCUUUUAAAAGAUGACGAGGCAGAUUUGUUAGAAACUGUAGAAUUGAAAGAUCAGGAAAGUUUACAAAGUGAAACUGCACCCUUACAAGAUGAACUUAAAGAGCAAAUAGUGCAUGAACAAGAAAACAGUGACACAGAAUGGGAAAAGAUUGAAUUUGAGGAAAUAAAAGAUGCUUAUGAGCAAUAUUUAUCUGAUAAACCUCAUUCAGAUGAAGGUCAAGUUUCAACCACUGUUAGGGAAGAGCAUAAAGAAUAUUUAGACGAUUUAACAGAAUCUGUUGUAAAGCAAGUUUUAGAAGAAGAUUUGCCAACUGAGCCACAACAAUUGGCUUUUGAAGAUGUAAAUAUCGUUCAGAGUACUAUGGGUACUAGUAAAGGUACUUUUAAAGAAGUCGAAGUAUCUGAAAAGAAAACUACUCCUGAUAUCCCUCCCCCACGACCUCCUGCAAGGAGAAAAUCAAAAUUGAAUGUUUCAGCUAUAGAAGAGGCUUUGAAAAAUGUUUCUCAAACUUGUGAAGUAUCUUCAGAAGAAGUUGUAGUCCCCCCUGCUUUGCCGUUGAAACUAAAAGAUAAACAUUUUGAACAAAAUGUUAAAAUGGACAUUUAUGCUGUUCCCGAUAAAGCUAAUAAAUUGGCAGGCACUAAGACUGAUAAAACAACUGAAUUGAAAUUAGAAACAGUUGCUUCAAACAUUUCUCAAGAAAAAGAGCUUGAAUCUCCUCCAGCGAAACCACCAAGGCUUACCAUACCAACUCAUGAGAGAGACUUUUCCAAAGAGCCAUCACCCGUGACAUCAUUAUCUAAUGAAUCAGAUUCUAACUGUUUUGCUGAUUCAGAGUCUGAUCCAGAGAUAAAGAUUAUUCGUCAAAAAAUGCACAGGAAAUAUUCAAAGCAUGAAACUGAAAUAGAAUUUGAAGAUGAUCUUGCUGACUUUGAGAAUGAAGGAAAUAUUAUACUCAGUAUUGAAAAUGCUUCUAAAAAACAGCGCUCUUUUGAAUUUGAUCCUGAACUGCCAACACCUGAAGGAAUUCGUGGGCAUAAAGAUGAUAUUUCAUCCCCGAAAGCGUUUAGAGAAGGUACGGCUAGACCUCUUCAGCUUUUCAAAGCAUCAAAAGUGGAAACAACUCCUGCACCCAAUUCACAAGCAGAGCUAAAGGAAAUUUCUCUGAGUGAUAGUCUUAAAAAAGUUCAUUCAAGUGACCAGGAAAGCAUUGAAAAAGUGAUUGAUCAGUUUUCUAAUCAGGUAACAACAACUUUAACUUCUGCUGCAAACGUUAGUGAAAAUAUACCUGCAUCAUCUUCUUACUACAAUGUGACUUCCGUUAAGCAAAAUAACCAAAUGAUGGCGCAAAUGCUUUCAGAAGUGGAAAGAAUAAACAAUCAACAAGUAAUGGAACAAAAUAAUGAAACAAGUAAUUCUGCUUUCUAUUAUAAUAUUCAUGAACAUCCACAGCAGCAUAAAUUAAAUGAAACUCAGACUACACCAAUUGUUACUUCCAGUAUAACAACUGAACCUUCCAUUAUUAAGGAUUCUUAUGAACUUCCAGCUGUUGAUGUCUCACAAAAUAUUGAAGCAAAAGUUUCAAAUGAAAAUGAAGAGCAGUUAAUGUUUACUGAAAUGGAAGCAACCUCAGCUGCCGCUGAUUACUUUUUCGGGCGUUAUAAUGAGAUAACUGUACCAAAACCAAAGAAAAAAACUGUUGUAAUUAUAGGCAAAUCUGGUAUGCCUGCCAUGCCUAAACCAUUACCUUCAAGUCAAAAAAAGACAAGUCCAGUUGCUAAACAGCAAACUAAGGAACAGAGUGCUGAAUCUACUCUUGGCUCUAAGUUAGAUUCUAAAGAAAUAGCUUCAAAAUCAGAAACUGGUUCAAAUGAAGUUUCUUUUCCCACCCUAAAGAAAGGAGAAAUAGUUGUUUCAAAACCUAAUGUAGAACCUGUUCAGGUUCACGCUACUCAGUUUAGUCAAAAUCUCCCAGUCCAGGUAACUGCAGCAACUAAACCUCAAAUCAUUGAUACAGCUGCAGCUCAGGAAACAGCUCCAGUUGAGACUCUAUCAUUUGCCGAAGAUUACUUUUUUGGUUCAUAUAAUGAAGUCCCCGCUCCAAAGAAAACUAAAAGCAAACCCACUGGAGUAAAAUCAAAAGUAACCCAGCCAUCAUUAUCUCAAUCGCAAAUGCUACAAGGACAAUCAUUCUCAAGUCCAUAUGAUUAUGAUGGAGAAAAUAUAUCGCCUAUUAUGGUAGGUUCAAUGCCACCCAUUUCAGAAGAAUGUGAUAGCUCUGAAAUUAUGACUCAGAAUUUAAGCAUGUCUGUGGCUGCUGGUAGCCUACGAGAAUCAAAUGUAAAUGUAGAUGACCGAGUAAGAACUGUCCAUUUUGAAGAAUCUUUGCCUCCUAUUGCUCCUCCUCCAAGAAAAAAUAGGAUCCAAAAUGGUGCAACAAGUGAUACUGUAUCCAAGGAAUUCCCCACUGCCAUUCAGCAUAGUGAAUUGGCUAAAAAAAAACUUCCUCCCUGUAGUGGGGACUUCAAAAUAUUUCAAGGUCACGAUCCAUGUGAAUUACCCUGUGAAGUCCUGUCACAGCCCUCUGACAUAUCUGAAAGAUCUCUAUCCUCUGAGAUUAAUACCCAGUCCUCUGAAGAGUUGAAUAAUAUAUUUAAUGCAUAUUUUAGAGAAGAAAAACUUCUACUAGAUGAGACUGAAAAAUCUUCAAAUGUAAAUGUUAUAUCUGAUGUAUCUAUGCCUCAACCAUUUGAGGAUUACGUGGUUAUUUCCUCAUCAGAAGACACUAAUAAUCAAAAUACUCCAAAUUAUGUACCAUUUACCGAAAUAAAGCCUGGUAAUUUGAUGGAAAAUGUAAUUGCUGAAGAAAAUAAUGAGACGUUUCUUGAGCUUGACUGCAAGUUAAAUAACAAAAAUUAUGAUUCUAUGAGUGCUGAUCCUUCUGUAAUAUCUCUUGAAAAAAAUAUUCCAAGAUAUGAAACAAUAUCAUCCAAUAAAAAUAUACUGCAUCAUGAAGAUAAUAAUUUGUCUUUGAUUCAUGAUAGUUGUGAUGAGGAUGAAUUUCAAUUUGUUGAGCAGUCUCAGAAUGUAAUAGAUGAAUAUUGUGAUUUGUAUUUGCCAGGAAAUUUUAGCAUUGCCACAACUAAUGAAGUAGAAAACUUCAAUGUUAAAAAUAACUAUCAGGAUACUACAUAUGAUAGUGAAUAUGAAUGGAAACUAAAUGAAGAGAGAAAAAACUCAUUGAAUGCUAGUUUUAUAGAAAAAUCAUUGCAAGAUUCCAACAAAGAAACAUAUUCACCUGAUAUUACAAAAAUAGAGAAACUUAUUAUAAACGAAUCGGAAAUUAUUCCUGGUGAAAUUGAAACAGUUACUCCCUUGACUGUAACAAUGGUUGAUCAAGCUGGGGAAAAUGUUGAUCACAGUAAGAAUUACGCUGAAAGUUUUGUGGCACCAAAUGAAGUAUUGUGUAAAGAAGAAUUCAGUGAAAAUCAAUUGAAUCACGAGAAACUAAGUGAUGAUUCUGUAGAAAUCUCUAUCAACAAGCUUGUUUCUGGCGAACUGGACACUUCUUUGCAGCAUGAAAUAUUAAGUUUAAAAGAAUUAUGUGCUGCAGAUUUGGCACGUAAUCAAAUAACAGGUCCUGAAUCUUUAAGUGAUGAAGAUAUUUCUGCAGUUGAAUUGUUGCAUAAAGACAUUUCUGAUUCGCAAGAAAAUUAUUUGGAAAAUGUUACAAACUUGGACAUUUCUCAUUCAGAAGAAAGUUACCUGGAUAAUGUUACCUCUUCAGAUGUUUCUCAUUCAAAUGAAAGUCACUUAGAUAAUGUAACGCCCUCAGUCAUAUCUCAUUCUCAAGAAAGUUAUCUGGAUAAUGUUACCUCUUCAGAUGUUACUCAUUCAAAUGAAAGUCACUUAGAUAAUGUUACACCCUUAGACAUUUCUCCAAUCCAAAAAAGUUACCUAGAAAACGCUAUUUCCCCAUUGCCUUUAGCUGUGUUAUGCCAUUCAGUUACAGAAAGUUCUUUACAAUUCAACAAAUCAGAAAGCAUUGCAGAGCAAAAUGUUACAAGUGAAUUGACAUCUCUUUUACCUGGUACCGAACUAUCUUCAUCAACAGAAGCAUAUGCAACUAGUGAUGAGUGUCAAAACAUAAAAGAACCAUAUGCAAAUAUCAAAUUGGAAUAUGAUGUUGAAUAUAAAAACGAAUCAAAUUUUUCUGAUGAUCUAUUUUUAACCGAAAAUUUAAAGUCUGGUGACAAUGAAAAUUAUCUAAAUGAAUACUGUCUAAACUCACCUAUAUCUGAUUCUAAAUACAUUUCUCAAGAGACGGAUGUCAAAAAAUCAGAUCUUACCACAGAAACAUAUUCAUUUGAAGAAAUAGAUGCUAUAUCUGAAAUUGCAGAUACCGAACAACAUGGAGAGUUCAGACAAUUUUUAUCUCAAGAAAGUGACACAACUCAACAAAGUGGGCUUUUCCUUGAAGAAACAGAGACAAUUUCUAAUUCUUCAGAUCUUAAUAAAAGCACUGAUCCUCCUCACUUACAAAUUUCAGAAGAGCCAGAUUUAUCUUUGAUGUCUCAUUUUUAUGAUGAGUGGUUUGAUCAUGUAAUACCGAGUGAACCUUUAGAAACAAAGAAGGAUUUUUUAAGUAUUUACGCAAGAUAUAAUGCUUCAGAGUCCUCAGCAACAAGUUCAGGCAAUAUCAGUGAAUCUGAAGACUUUGUUGAUAUGAAGAAGGAAGAUUUUGUCGCAAUUUCUACUAGUUCUGAUGAUGGUUUAAAAUUAAAUUUACUUCCUGACACAUUUGAAAAUGGCAGUCAGUUGAAAGAGAAGGAUUUUUUGCCGAAACAGAAUAUUUCUUUGGUUUCUACAGAAAUGGAAUUAGCAGCUUCAUUUCAGGAAACUGAUACUAACUUUGUUUCUGCAAAUAUCUACCCUGAAGAAGAUUUUCAAUCUGAACGAGAUCAUUAUGAAACAUUAUCAUCUCAAGAAGAGUUAUCUGAUGUAUCAACUUUUCAAAAAUCAAAGAUGACUGAAGAGGAGGAUGGCAUUGUUUCUGACCGAAUAAGUGAGACCGAAGUUUCAAUUUCAGCUUCUCUUAAACAGAGAAUAUACAAAACUAGCAAAGGCUGCCAAACAGAAGAAAGCUUUGAAGAAGAACAAUUUUUUGAUUCAUUUGAUGAUACAUUUACUAUCCCUUCUUUUAUUAACAUUCCUUUUGACAACAAGACUAGUGAUCAACCAAUUAAAUCAGAAAUCGGAGUUCAGUGUUCUAUGAUAUCUGAAAAUAUUUAUCCCCUUUCUAGUAAUAUUUAUAUAGAGAAUAAAUCUAUUUUAAAAGUGAAUAGCCUGUCACCAUCCGGUCAAGAAUUAGAAUUUGUUGAAGAUUUUUAUGAAGAUGAUUCAGAAAUGCAUUCAACUGCUAGUACAGUGCAGAAAAGUUUGAUGACUCCUUUAAAUAGUGAAGAGAAAAAUUCUAGUACUUCUGAAUCACUUGAAGAUUCAGAUUCUGAUAUUUAUCUUGAAUCACCUUCUUCCCAUGAUGAGCUUGAUAUAGAUAGUGAAAAAAAUAAGAGUAUGAAGUAUUUCCUUUGUGCUGAUGUAGAUUCUGAUACAGGUUUUAGUUCAGGAAGCGAGACAGGCAAGCAUUUCAUGCGGAAUAAGAAAAUGCAUUGUGAAAAGAAACAAACCAUACCAUCUUGCAGCACAACGUCAAAUGAAAGUUAUAUGGAGAUCGAAAGAACUCAAUCAGAUGUGGAUAUCUUGGAACACUCUUUGAAUAAUUCAUUUCUUGAGGUAUUUCAAGAAUGUGAUAUUAUUAAAGAUGCUGGAGUUCAGUCUAAGGAUGGUGUAUCAAGCACCCAAUCUCUGACUGUGAACCUGCAGUGUGUUUCUGAUAUUUGUGUUACUAACAUCUUAACACCUGAUUCAAAACAGUUAAAAAUAAAAGAAUUUGAAUCAAAUGAAACUGAUCAAGCUAAUGUCAUUUAUAAUGAAGAAACUUUAAAACUUGACUCAAAUGUGAAUUAUUCAGAAGAAUCUGAAAAUGUAAAAGAAAUUGCAGUAUCCCAUGAAGAUUUUGAAGAACAGUUAGAAACUGAAUUAUCUUUAAAUACUCCUGUGCAAAGCACAGUUAAUUUAGAAAUUCUUUGUGCAUCGCAAGCACAUAAUCAAGUACAAAAGGUUGGAGCUGAAUCAGUUCUAAUACUUAGUCAAUAUGUUGAAUCUGUUAUUGAAGCAGGUAUUGAAAAAGCAUCAUCACUCUUGGAUGAGGAUCAUUUUGAAAUUACUGAAUAUGUGCCAGACAGUCUACCUAACAAAAGUGCUGUUUUUAAUGACAAUAUUGGAAGCACAGUAGCACCCAUUGUAAUACAGAAAGAAAAUUAUUCGAAUCAAAAAGCUUCUAUUUGUACUAGUUCAACAAAAGAGACUUUGUUAAACUCAGAGAUUCAGAUUGAAAACGUUGAAAAUAUAAUUGAAUUUCAUUCAGGUGAAAAAAUUGUUAGUACAAUUGUUGAAAGAGAAAAAUCAGUCUUGAAUGAGAUUACUGAAGAGAACAAUCUCUGUAGAAGUUUGGAUAUAAAAAGUGCUCAAUCUGCAGAAGUUAAUGUUAAUACCAUUGAAAGGGCUGUUACUCCAGUUUCAAUAGAAAAAUUUCCAUCCAUUGAAUAUGAUAUGAGGUUUGUUGAUGUUGAUGAUGCUCUUGCAGAAACGAUAAAUGAUAAUGAAAUUGAGUGUGAAAGUUCAACACCCACUGUGGAGUACUUUUAUGGGUCUUUGCCUUUAUGUGUACAAAGUGAUCUAGAAAGAAAAGAAAGUUUUUAUGAAGCUUUAGAUAUACUCGAUGAAUGUGUUAUGAACUUGGAAAGAAAUAUAAUUGAAAAUGAAAACUUUUUUGAUGCAUUCUCUACUGAGAAUUCAAACUUGCAAGCUCUAAUCACAGAAAAUGAAGAUGUUGAAAGAUUUGAUGAUGCUGAUUCAUCCCUGGCUGAAGAAAGUUAUUUUAAUUCUGAUAGCGUCUCUGAGUAUUUCCCCAUUACUAGUUCAGAUUUUGGCGAACAACUAAAUAAAAAUUCCAAAAUCUUCAAAAAACAGCUUGACUUUAAUGCCCCAAAAAAUAAUGAAUUAGUUGUAUUAAAUAAUGAAUUAGUAGAUGUUAGAAGUACAAGUGCCAUUAAACAGUCCAGUUUUGAAAAUGAUGAAUUCAGCGAAUGUGCAUCUGUCAUCAAGCAAUCUAACUAUGAGACUGAAGUCAAUGAUGAAUUCAUGGAAUGUACAAAUGUCAGCAAACUGCCCAGUUUGAAGAAUCUAGGAAAUAAAUAUGUUGAAUGUUCAAAUGUCACCCAACAAUAUAGCUUUGAUGAUCAAGAAAAUCAAGAGUUCAUUGAAUGUUCAAAUGUCAUAAAAGACUCUAGCUUUGAAAAUAACGAAAAUGAGUUUGUUCAUAGUUCAGUUGUUGUUGAAAAAUCUAUCUUUGAGACCCCAAAUAAUGAUAAACUUGUUGAGUCUGUAAAUAUCAUCCAGCAACCUAGUUUUGAAAAUGAUGAAUUUGUGGAAUGCAUAAAUGUCAUGAAACAGUCUGUAUCUGUAAAUCUAGAAGACAAAUUUUUUGAUAGUUUAGUUGACAUCGGCAAAAGUGAAGAAACAACUCAUCUUAGCUCCAUGUCUGAUGAAGUUUCCUCAAGUAUCCCUUCAUAUAGUUCAGUAAAUACAGAUGCAACUCUAAAGGCUAAUGAUUCUGCUACAACUCAUCUUAGCUCCAUAUCUGAUGAAGUUUCCCCAAGUAUCCCUUCAUAUAGUUCAGUAAAUACAGAUGCGACUCUAAAGGCUAAUGAUUCUGCUACAGAUAAGAAAAAAGUUUUUAAUAAUGAAUGUUCUAAUGAAUCUUUGGAGAAUAAAGAACAUGUUCUUGUGGAAAAUAAAGAAAUUGCUUCAGAUGCAGAGUAUAGUGAAACAAAAUUUAAACACUCUGGAAUUCCUACAGCGCCAUUAAAUGAUUCUGUCCAGUUUGAAGAGAAUUUUAUAACUGAUGCAAAUGAAAAUUCUAUACCUGCUCAGGACGAACAAUCAGAUUACUUUGAAACUAAAUCUGUCAAAGUCUCAUCUGAAAUAGAGAUCUUUUCAAAAGUGGAAGUUUCAGGAAAGAGUAAACUUUAUGAACAGGAUCACUUAGAAAAUAUAAAUGAGAGCCAAAUGCAAUCAUCAAGCACUGAUGAACUGAAACCAGAAAUUCUUCCUUUUGUUGAUGAAAAAAUAAUUUCUAGUGCUGAAUUAGUAACUUCAGAAGUUAAUACAACUGCUCUAGUCACAGAAAACUCUGAAACUUUAGAAAUUGUUUCAGUAAAAGACACAACACAAGAGUUUGAAGUGCCUAGAACUGAUGUACCUUCAACAGAGCAAAAUCUUCUUACGGAAAUAAGACAGGAGUUAGGAUUAAACAAAGAAGCCGAGUGUGGUGAUUCAAUUUUAAAAUCCGAGGAAAUUCCUCAUGUGCCAUCUGAUAUAGUUAGAUAUCUAUACUAUGAUGACUCAAUUAAUUUUGAUGAAGAUAUUCAAAAUAACAAUGAUAAUUCUUCUUUUGAGCAUGAGAUGACUCAGCAACCAUUAGAAUUGUUAGAAACUCCUUGCUAUGAAACAAUAGGUGAAGAAUUAAUUGUUGAAUAUGAAACUCAUUCCAGUAAUGAAGCUCAAAAAUUUCUUGACCCAUCAUUAUCUAGCACUGAAGCUAUAAAGUCACUAGAGUUAGAUGCUUCGAUUGAAACUACGGAAAUGUCUGAAAGCAUUGAUCAGUGGUUAGAUCUAGAUACAAGUAUGUCUUUACAAAAGUCUACUUCUGAUUUCCAAAGUAUUCAAGAACCUGAGGCUAAACCUGUAUUCACAUCAGGUCAAAUAGAAAGCAUGAACAUUGAAGUGGGUGCACAAUUCGAUGCUUAUCAACAAUUAUGUGCCACUGAAAAAUCAGAAAGCUCUGAUCAAUAUUUAGAGUUAGACCUUAGUAAGUCUCAGCAAUUAUCAGACUUCCAAAGUAUUCAAGAGUCCGAAGAUCAAAUUAAACCUAGAGUGGGCGGAAUGGAACAUGAAGGGUCACACUGCAUUCCAAUGUUGCUACUUAAAAAAGAUAAUGAUGCUGCUGCUACUGAUAAAUUUGAGAGUGAUGAUGUGACUGAUAUAUCUACUCAUUUUACUAUGACUGAUGAUUCAGAUAAAUUAUCUGAAAUCGAAAGUGAUAUCUCACUUACUGAUGAUAAUUGUUAUUUUGAUUUUGUUAAUACAGAUCAUAUCAGUGAUGUUGAACAGAAUAUGAAUCAGGAAACAAAUGGAACUAAAUUGGAAAUCUCACAAAAGUCAUCUUUUAUUGACAAUAAAGCUCAAUUGCAAUCAACUACUAGAGAUCAAUCUGUUGAAAUAAAUAUAAAUCAAACUACAGACUUAAAUGGAAAUAUAACAGCCGACAAAAUUGACUCCAGUAUGUCUUUAGUAAAAGAUCCUCAGAACUUGCAAGACUCAUCAAAUCCAGUUUUGUUUGAUGAUACUACUGAGAUAAAAAGUUUCCCAGUUAUUGAAAAAGAACAAUUAGAGAUAAUUGUUGAUCCACAAUUUUCUUUAAUAAAUGAGGCUGAUUUACCAUAUAUAGAAAAAAGUUUGAUGUGUCAACUUGACACGUCUGAGUAUUAUCUUCCAACUGAAAAUAUUGAAACUGAAAGUGAGGAAUAUGUGUCAGAAGUUGUAAGUAGUAUGCCUGAAACUGAUAUCAAAUACUCUGAGAACAAGGAAGUAGAUUUAGAAUCUCCAAAAUCCAUAGUAACUGACCAAAUUAUUUUAUUAGAUCAAAGAGAUAUCUCUGAGUUCAGAACUGAUAAUGAGAAAGACAUUAUUGAAAAAUUUUUUCAUAAGAAAGAAAUUAUGACAUCUCCGGAAUUCACCAAAACUCAUCUAAAUACCUCAGUAUUUGAAGCUAUUGAAGACUCUGUCAUAGAAAAGAAUAAAGAUGAUAAAAAAUUUGAUGACGAAGAUUUAAAUAUUCAUACCGAAAUAACAACAUUUGCUUCUGCUAUAUCAAGCUCUGUAGAUUCUACUAACAAGGAUGACAAGAAUAAUAAUUUAACUGUGAAUGAAUUCAACAUAGCAGAAAAAGACAAUGAAGGUUUUAAAGAUGUUCAGAAGCAACUUGAACUUUUGCCAGGUAUGAAUGAUGUUAUGGAGGCUGAAUCUAUUUCUAACUCAGACGACCAGAGGAAAGACAGUUUAGCAUUGGAAAAAGAUAAUUUUAGUUAUCGUCAAGAGUUUAAAAAUGAAGUUGAUGUGAAAGAAAAAUUUCCUUCUGUGCUAGAUUUGGAUGUGGCAGUUGUUGUGGGAUCUGAACUCUCCCAAAAGGAUUCACAAGUUAUUCUAGAAAACAAUCUAACUUUACCUCAGGAUUGUGACGUUGAAGAAACAGCAGUGUUUGCAUUCAAUCCUGUUAUAAAAGACUUAAUUAGUGUAGAUAAAGGAAUUAUUUCUAAUCUUGACAUUCAAAGAGAAAUAAAUAGCAAAAUUUCACAUGAUCAAACUGAUUUACAAUUACCUGAAAAAUGUGAAGAAAUUGAUUCAACUGUGGACUUUAAAGGCCAUCCAUUUAGUGCUGAAAAAAAGGUGAGUGACUCUGAACAUAUUGAUUUAAAUUAUUCUUUACUUACGAAAAAAGAAAUCACUACAGUCGAUUUUAAAGGAGUACUUCUUGACAAUGAGGUGAAAGAAAGUGCUAAAUCUAAUAGUGAACAGUUUUCACCCUCAAUUGAUACUGAAGUUUUUAAAACUGUUGAUUUUAAAGGACAUUCUGUUGGUGAUACUAUUGAAACUACUCAUACUGAAUCCUUGAAAUCAUUGCAUUUGGCUUGCUGUGAAGAAAAUAGUUCUUUUGUUGAUUUUAAAGGAGAUUUUAUUGAUGACCCAAAAACUUUUAAACAAGUUACAGAACCAAAAUUAAGUACCUUACCUAAGCAAUCUGAAUUACUUAAUCAGGAAGAAUCUAGCUAUACAGUAAAUUUCAAAGGUAUUCCCAACUUUGAUCAAAAGGAUGUAACAGAAAUUGAAUGUACUACAUUAAAUGAAUUUGAUAAUUCAGAGCCAUUACCUGUUAAAGACUCUGAAUUUUUCGUUGACUUUAAAGGCUGCCUGUUGAACAAAGACGCUUAUGAACAGAAUACGUCCAGCUCAAAGCAUGACACAUUUGAUUUAAAUAGUUGUGAAACUGUGGAUUUUAGAGGGAAUUUAAUUAAUGAUCUAAAAGUAGAAAAGGCAAGUGAGCCAAUUAGUGAUAAAGCCUCUGCUGUUGUUAAUUUUAAGGAACAAUUUUAUGCAGGAUCCAAUACAUCUGUUUGUAAGGAUUCUUUAAUAUCUUUAACUGCUGACAUUUCAGAGGAAGAUUUAUCAACUGUUGAUUUCAAAGGUCAUUUUACUCACCCCCAAAUACUUUCUAGUUCUGAAAUUAAUGAAAAAGUUGAUUCUAAUUUGACUAUAAAGGAAAACGACAGAAUGGGAAAUUUUAUCAGCCAAGUAGAUGACGAAAAAGCAAACAUUGAAUAUGCUAUUUCAGACAAAACAGCCAUGUUAAAAAGUGAAGCAUUAUCAGAAAACGCUUUCUCUUCUGAAGUGCAUUCUGAAACUGAUCAAUCAUCUCUCGUUGAAAAUAUUAUUUCUGAAAAAAUGAUUGAAACAUCUAUGGUUGAGAAUGGGAAUAAUAUUUUGCCUCAGUCUACACUUGAAAAAACAAAUGAUGAUGAGAACAACAGAUUAGACUUAUCCUUAAUUUCUGACAAAGAUUUUUCGGAAAUGUCAGAAAGUAAUUUACUUAGACAAGCAGAAAAAGAUACCAGAGUCAGCAUUUCAAAUAGUGAUGUUGAGAAUAGCUUUGUCUCUUGUAGUGGAACUGAAUCAACGCUUUUUUAUUCUAUGCGGGAUGACUCUGAGGAUACAUUGAAUAUAACAUCUGAUGAUGAUUUUACAGAUGUAGCUUCACAUGCUACGAUAACAGAAGAUACUGACAUGUGGUCUGAUGUGGAAGCAGAUUUGGAGGAUUUCUCGUAUGCAAAAGAAACUACUCCCACUAGGGAAUCAAUAAAUGCUGUGGAAAAUAUCACUUCUGGAAUGAUGUAUGAUGUUUAUGCAUCUGAAGUUUCAAAUAUUGAUGAUAAACUGUUUGGACACAAUGACAAAGAUAUCAAGGCUUCUAAUAUUCAACUUCAGCAUGUCAGUGAUAACAAUGACUUAGUUAUAAAUGUCGAAAAAAAUCUAUCCAAAAUUGAUAGUUCUAUUAUUUCUAAUGAUUCUUCAGUUAAUUCAAAUCAAUCCAUUGGAACUUUUGUCCUGGAAGAAGAAAUAACUAAUCAAAGUCAUGAGUUAGUGCUUUCUGAAAGUCCUUUCGUUGUUCUAGAGAGUCCAACUAAUAUAGUUGAGGAUGUUGCUCAACAAUAUUUGCCUGAUGAGAAUGAAGAAAAAGAAGUGGCGAAUCUCACAACUUGUGGUGGUGAAAUAACCUCUACAGAUUCUGAAAUGGCUAAAGACAUUAUUAUUAAUUUAAAUACCUCAAGUGAAAAACUAUCAAUAGAAAAUGUUGAUAAAUUAAAAUCCGUUGAAACUGAUGAAAUCAGUUUUGUGAAAUGUUCAGAAAUACUAGGUGGCACUAAUGAAAAGAAAGAUUCCAAAGUUCAGCUUCAAUCGCCUGAAGAUGAAAAUGUAGAACAAUCUGUCACUAACUCGAAAAAUGCUGUAUUGUUUAAUUCUGCAUCAGAUUUUGUUGAACAAGAAAUUGCUAAUGAUAUUUCAGAAAUCACAGCUGUUGAUGAUUCUACAGAUAUUGUAUCUUUUAACACUAUUUCUGAUGAAUGUGAACAAUGGUCAGAUACCGAGGUGACAAACUCGAUCGAUGAAGAUUUUUCACAUAAGAUGCAUUCAAAGACCCUGAAUAAAAGUGAAGAAAAAUCUUUUGAUGUAGGAGUAGAAUCAUUAGAAAUAAUGAAAAUCAGUAAAAUUGAGAAAGAUACUGUUGAGCAAUCUAUUAAAACUGAGAUUUGUUUAACAGAAAAUUUGAAACAACUGGAAACUGGAGAAAAAGCGAAACAAGUGUUGACAGAAAAUUUGGAGCAACUGGAAACUAAAGAAAAAACCGAACAAGUGUCAACAGAAAAUUUUGAAGCACCUGAAACUGGAGAAAAAACAGAACAAUUUAUUGAUUCAAAUUUAAAACCCUGCAAACUUUAUGACACUUCAUUUAAUGAAGCUAACACAGAAUUGACAAUGAUAGCUGAGGACAAUACUCAGUCAAUAUUUGAAAAGACUGAAAUUUGUGAAUCUAUUGAUCUUAGUAAGACAAAUAGAGAAAAUUUUAUAAACAGCACAGAGCAAUAUAUUAAAAUUCCUGAUACCUCAACUCCUGUAGCAAAACAGGAAGAUAUUGCUAAAAAACAAAUUUGUGAAUCUAAAUCUGAAUGCAAAGAGGUAAUUUCUGAAAAUUUUAAAAACAAUAAUGUUGAAAUAUUGUCACUGCCAUGUAAAGAAAAACUAAGUAUAUCUGAAUUGUCAGUAACUCCUGCUCCUUUGAAGGAAACAAAUGUUACUGAUAAUGAUGAUUCUCUUAUCAUUACUUCUGAUGAGGCCUAUACUGAUGCAAUAUCCACCUACUCUAAAUCAGAUGAAAAUGAGAAAUGGUCUGAUGUUGACGAAUUAAGUCUAUUAGACGAAUUUCCAUCCAUGAAUCCAGAGAAAUUACUGCCUUCUGAAAUCUCUGUUAAAGAAUGCUCUGCAAAUGAAAAGAUAGAACUAAAAGGCAUGAAGUUACAUGUUUCUUCUUCACCUGAUAAUGAGAAUAUUGUACUAAAUAAAUCAGAAAUCCAGGCUGAGUUUAAUUUGAAAGUUGGUAUAAAUUCAGCUUUGCCUAAAGAAACUUCAGAUGAACUUAAAUCUUUGGAAACUCCAAAUGUCACUACUGAAAAUAAAACUCAAAAGUUAAGUGAAACAUCUAAUGAAACAAGUGAGUGCAAAACAAGCAUCAUUAAGACUGUUACAGAACAGGAAGAAAAAUUUCAAAGUAAAAUUGAAACAUCUUCCACUGAAACUCCUGAAAAAGAUACUACGAAACAUAUAUUUGUUGAACAUUUCGCAGAAAUAAAAUCAUUAGGUGAAUAUCUGAAUGUAGUUGAAUCAUUUGCUGUGCUUGAUGAUGACAUCGCUAACCUGCAAACUCAUGAAGAAACAACGGAAGCGUCCUUACGUUUGGAAGCCACUGGAGACUCUGAUUAUUGGAUAGAAGCUGAUACUGAAUAUUCUAUAUCUGAGUUUGAAGAUGAAGAAAUAUCAUUGCCGCAUAAACAAAUGUCUGGCCAAUCAUCUACGCCAAUGCUGAGUGCUGUCGACAUAUCGGAAGAUAACAAAAAUUUCUUUUUAACUGCAUCUCGCCAUUCUAGUGAAAAUGCUACUGAAAUUUCAGUAUCAUCAUUUGCUACUGAUCCUGAACAAAUUAGUGAUACUUGUGCUGAUAUUUCCCUUCAAGGAGCUACAACUGAAAACUCUGAUAAAUGGUCUGACAUUGAAGGUGAUGGAUUAAUUGAUGAAGCUCUUUUUGGUCCUGAGCAACCAUUCGAAUUUGACAACUAUCCAUCUCCUUUUAAAGGUAUUGAUCCAAAUGUCAGUAAAAACGAUGUAGAUUUAAGUAAUAAUAAAUGUAAUAUUUCACCUGAUUCCAUUAAAGUGACAAAGAAUGAAGAUCCAUGUCCUGUAAUCAAGGAAAUUGCUAUACAGAAAGAAUCAAGUUUAUCAGAGACAUCAAAAUUGGUCACUUGUCAAGAGGAAGUAAUUCCUAAAGAACUCAGUGUUGAAUUAACGGAUAACAGAAAUGAAUCCACUUUAUCAGAAGUUUCUAAGCUGGUCACUUGUCAAGAAGAAGUAAUUCCCAUAGAACAGAGUGUAGAAUAUACUGAUAUGAAAAAUGAAUCAACUUCAUCAGAAACAUCAAAAUUGGUCAGUUGUCAAGAAGAAGAAAGUUAUUUAAAACAGUAUGUAGAAAUUUCUAAUGGGAAAAAUGAAUCAACUUCAUCAGAAACUUCUAAACUGGUCACUUGUCAAGAAGAAGUAAUCCCCAUGGAACACAGUGUAGAAUAUACUGAUAUGAAAAAUGAAUCGACUUCAUCAAAACUGAUCAGUUGUCAAGAAGAAGAAGAAAGUUCUUUAACACGGGAUGUAGAUUUAUCCGAUGUGAAAAAUGAAUCAACUUCAUCAGAACAAUCUAAAUUAGUCUCUUGCCAAGAAGAAUUAAUCCCUGUGGAACAUGAUAUAAAGAAAGAAACACGUGAUCGAAGUUCUUUUCCUCAGCAUCAUAAAACUGAUCUUUUAUCUCGACCUUCAGUAUCAUCAGAUGAUGAGUUUACUAAUGUUACUCCUUUAGGUACGACUGUUGAAGAGUCAGAUAAAUGGUCUGAUAUAUCCGACACAUCUAUUGAGGAAAUGGAAGAUGAAAGUGCAUCAGUUUCAUUGCGAGAAAAAGUGUGUGAUAACAUGUUACCUUUGGAUAACAAUUUACCAACUGAUGUAAAAUCUGAUAUUCAAGUUGAGGUUAUGAUGGAAGAUAAUGAUAGUAAGCAAGAUAAAUCCCCUAAUUUUAGCUCCUCUACUUUUGAUGUUGAAACUAAAUUAAAAAAUGUUAAUGUGAUUGAAAAUUUAACUUACAUUGACGAUACUGAACAAACUAAUAAUUCCCCAGACAUCAUACCAAAAUUAAAUGAAACCUAUUUCGAACAUGAUCCGUUGGUUGAAUCUGAAAGAGUUACUGAAGAUUUGCAAUCUUUAUCAAGAAGUCCUGAAGUUGUCACAGAAGAUGCUUAUGAAAGCCUGGGGGAUGAAGAAUUUGUUGAAGAAAUUGAUGAAUUUAAUGAGCAGUAUGAAGAUGAGGAAAUGUAUGAAGAAGGUGACUAUCAUAAUUUUAACACUCCAUAUGUAAUCAAUGAUGAUGAGUUUGUCUAUCCUAUACAAUACACCGACUGGAUUGAAGAAAGCUUUGAUUUAAAAGAAUAUGGUAUUGAUGCUGUGUUGUCUGGUUCUGAAUCGGAUAUUCAUGGAUAUGGAAUAGCUGAUGAAUUUGAAGCUAUAGAGCGAACGAUUGAUAUGAAUGUAAGCAAUUUUGAUGAAACUUUAGAAAGUUUUAUGGAGGAAGAAAGAAAUUUAACAACUGAAAGUUUUAAAACUUUUUCAAAUGGAACUGCUUCCCAUUUGAAACCGAGUGAGCAAGAACAUGAUAGCUGGUCCACUGCUGAUGCUGCUUCUAUUGAAGAUGAUUUGCCUGAACAUGAUGAUGUUUUAUCAAAAAUCGAUGAACUCUUAGCUGUAGAUUUUAAGGAGUUUGAUGUGUAUCAGGAAAAUGAACAUGAUAGGGAAUUUGAAAGGGAGGGACUUUCUCCACUUGAGGAAUUUAAUGAGCAAGAAGAGUUUGAUCAAGAAAUUUCUGCAUUCCAAAAUGAAAAGCUUAUAAAUACUGAGGAAAUUACUUGCUUGAAAGAACCGCCAAUUUUGCUUGAUGAUGAAAAUACUAAUUUAAGAGAUUUUGAGUUUAAUAAGGAUUUGACUGAUAGUAAAACAUGCGACCAGAAAUCCAAUGAUCAAAAGACCUCUUUGAAAGAUAGUGAUGAAAAUACCAAUGAUUCAAUCCCACCAAAUCAUUCUGAUAUAGCAAUCAUAGAAGACAUAAAGAAGGAUAAGAUUUCUCAUAACACGCUACCACAAACACUUGAGAUUGGCAAUUUCAAAGAUAAUCAAACUAGCACUCAGUCUGAAUGUAACGUUGAUAAAACAAUUUUGAAGAAAGAAAAUAUUCAAUCUAAAAUUGAAAAGGAAUCAGGGGAAUCCAAACUCAUUAAACAAAUUGAUGAAAAAGUUGAAACUAAAAAUAUUCCAGAAUCUGUUGUUGAAGAGCAAAAAUCAAAGCCUUCUGAAAAGAUCAUGACAACUUCAUCCGAAAAAACUGUGCAAGUGCCAAAAUCAUCUCAACAGUCUACUGAUGUUGAGUCACGAGUUUCUGAGAAAAACAAAAGUGAAAAUAAACUUCCUUCCACAUCGUUAGAUUCUAAUUUGCUUACAAAAAUCCCACCUUCAUCAGUUGAAACUAAAAAUGAAACCUCUUUUUAUUUAGAACCCGAAAAAAGUAUACCUAUAGUUAAAUCAGAUGUAAAUUCUAUUCUGUCUGAAAAUAUUGACGAACAAAAACCAGACAUUCCAUGUAAACAAAGAGGCAAAAUAAAAGAAACUACUGUAGAACUGCCUACAGAUGCUAUUGUUUCAAAAAGUGUACCAGUAACAACUAAUAAAUUAACUGUUAGCAACUCUGAUAUUUCUAUUGUUGAACUCGGAUCUGAAGAUCUAAAAGUUGACAUUCCAGUAAUAAAAGAAAACGAGCCUCAGAUUUCCGAAAAAAUUGAGGCACCAGCUCUUCCUCGUAAAAGGAGAAGAGAGGUGUCAACAUUGGAAAGAAAUUCGACAUCAUCUUCUUCUGAAUCGCUAUCUUCUCAAGAAUCGUCAUUAUCAAAACAGGAAUCCUCUGCAAGUGAUGGUGCCAUUCCUGACAAGCCGGUGCGACGUAGAAGAUCUGUUCAGUCACCAGCUGUUCCAUCAAGAAGGAAAAGUAGUAGUGAUGGUAGCACUUCAUCCACAAGUAGAUCUUCUAUGCAUUCCAAAAGUUCUCCGGCUCCUGAUCUGUCAAGAAAGAGGUUAUCAAUUGAUGAGCGUGUUGCCAAACUUCAGAGUGAAGGUAAAUGUACAAAUAAAGAGAUCGCUUUCAUUGCUGCAAAACUCAUUGAGAUGCAGUUUGAAGAAGAAGAUGCCUUGCUAGCUUCAAAACAGUGUAGUAGUGUUUAUCAUGCAGUAAAAUUUUUAACUCAGCUAUGUGAGCUGUGUAAUUGUCGAUUUCCAAUAAAUAUGAUGGUAUCCAUGAUUCAUUGUACACAUCGAGCUUGCAAAGAUUGUUUGAAAGCCCAUUUUUCAGCUUUAAUUCAUGAUCGGAGCAUAUUCAGUCUUCUGUGUCCUAUUUGUCAUUUACCAGAUAUAACAGAUCAAAAUAUACAGGAAUAUUUUAAUCAUCUUGAUAUGAUGCUUAGGAAUGUGUUGGAAAGUGGCAUUUAUGAUCUAUUUCAACGGAAACUGAGGGAUGAAGUUCUGACCAAAGAUCCUAAUUUUCAUUGGUGUUCUCAAUGUUCGUCUGGUUUUAUUGCAAGCCCUCGCUUGAAAAAGUUGUAUUGUCCUGACUGUUCAGCUAUCACCUGUGCAUCAUGUCAUCAAACUUGGGAAUUGGAGCAUGAAGGUGUUCAUUGUGAGCGUUUCCAGCAAUGGAAAGACAUGCAUACACCUGAACCACCUCCUGCUGGCUUAGUUAAAUAUCUUACAGAUAGAGGGAUAACAUGUCCUUCAUGUGGCCUCAUAUAUAAUCAAGCGUGCGCUGGAUGUUUAAUGUAUAAAUGCUCUCACUGCAGUCAUGAAUUUUGUGGGUUUUGUUCAAGGGAUGUAAAGAGAGGAAAAGAUUGUCAGAAUAAGAGCUGUGAUUCAAGGGGGACACACGUCCACCAUCCAUAUAACUGUCUUUUCUUCAUUAGAGACAAAGAAAUCUCUGAUAUACAGAUGCUUUUAGAAGAAGAAUCUGUUGAAUACUUAACCAUUCCACCAAAAGAUCAAAUAGUGAAAAGUCGAUGCCAAGUGCGCGAGCAAAAGCAUAUCCAUGGAGCCCUAUCUGAAGACAGAUGUGGUCGUGAUAUUGUUCCAUAUUGUGCUGGUCUCUGCAAAACACAUUAUUAUGAGUACUUGGCUGAACUACUGAGGAAAAAGAAGCUCAAUUCAUUGUCCAUAAUGACCACACAAGAUUUGGAAUUCAUGCUUCGAAAAAGUCGUGUUUUUGUUCCUGAGAAAGUAAAAGGGGAAACAAGUGAAGAAUACUACAAAAGAAUAACUCAAGUUGUCAACACCACACUGACCUGAUGAAAUUUUACAAUCUUUAAUUCUUCAAUGAAUGUAUAUAUUAUGAGAAUUACUGUGUACUUGUCUUCAAUAUAUGAAUAAGUGGACAGAAUAUUAUGGGCCGUCUUUUUGUUAGUUCUAAGAACACAGAAUUAUCAAGUUUCCGUAUGUUAUUGAAGACUUAUUGUGUAAAUGAACAAAAUUCAGAAGAAAACCUUGAAAUCAUUCGCAAAUUAUAUUUGUUACAAAAAUUCAUAUGAAAUCCGUUUUAGAGAAAUUAUGCUAUUUAGAUAUAAAAGCAUUAAUAGAGAGAUUUUUUGUCAGAAAUAUCUAAAAACUAGCUUUUAAAUUUUGAACAAUUUUGCAAUUUAUUCUUCCAAAGUUCAUUGCAUUUCCAGAAAGGUAACGUUUUAAGUAAAAUUUUAUUCUGCAAAUUGCAGAGUUGUGAAAUUAUUUCUUCAGUUUUAAUUUUUUAUCUUUUGUUAGAUAAAAUAACUUGAAACAAUUUUCAGCAUAACAUUCAUUAUUAUAUCAUGUAUUAAUAGCAAGAUAAUAUAACAAAUAAAUUUUUGUAUUUAACUUCAAGUAAUAAUUUUAGUGCAUAAUAAUUGCUGUAUAUGAAUUUCAAGUUUUUCAGUGAAAUAUAAAAGCUAAUUUUAAUGUUUUGAUUUCAAAAUCCCACUGUAUUUCAACACCAAGGAAUCACAACUUUAAACAAAGUUUUAAAUGUAUAUUGUGUGACUUUUUACGUUAAAAAUAAUUUUAAAAAAACAUAUAACCAAGAAGCAUGAAUGGUUUAAAGAUUUUCUUCCUGAAUUUUACACUGAAUGUUGAUAGAUAAAGAGCUUAUAUUACUUAAACAAAGCACUAUUUAUUAUGUUUUGGCAACUACGUGCUAUUUUUGUGAUAACAUUGAGCCUGUUUUUAACAUCGUAUUUCAAAAAAAAAUUAACAUCUAAUCCAGCUUUCUGUUUUAGAACAUAUAUGCUAUGAUUCAAGCAUGCCAUGUAGUCAACUAAUCAAAUUGUAUUAUAAUAUAGUAAAGCAAUAUAUAUAUUUUCAUAGAAAAAUAACUAUUUUUUCAUAGAUGUUUUGUAAAUAUUUGUUUCAUGACUUGUAGUCUGCCAAGCCAAAUAAUCUAGUUUUAUGAGUAUUCUAGUCUCAGAGGAUUGUAGAUUUUUAUUUAUUUAUUAAUGAAUUUUAAUCACAUUUACCUUAACUCAAUGUAACCCUGGUAUGUUUUUCAUUUGAACAUUGAUUUGUAAAAGAAUAUUUUGAAUAAAGUUUGCUAUGUUAUAAAGUAA